ACACAUUUGUGAUGUAAUGGCUUUUCCGGAGAGAGAAAUUCCACCACCACCCCGCCCCCCUGCCCAGGGAAAAUGGGGAAGUAUUUAAUUUGGCUUUCAGACAAGAGACUGGUCAUUUGGCGUACGCUUGCCGGAGUCAAAGUCAGCUUUUUGGCCUCUGUCUUUGUUUCUCAAUGGAAAGGGGUGAGUUCCUUUGUGUUUCCGGGUUGGUCCAAGACUACCUGAAAUAUGUCAGUCAGGAAACCCAGCCUGAAGCCGCCCCGAACAGGAUCGCUCAAGUCUUACGAAAAGUGGCAUCGUCACAUCAAGGAAAAGUUGAAGAGGCGCUAAAGCCGCUCUUGGGCUCCCUGGAACUAAGGUCUGUGGACGAUGCGAGCAGAAUUUUCAGUCAAGUGAUGCAAGAGCAGUUUGCGGAUGGAAUCGUCAACUGGGGACGGAUUUUGACCAUCUUCAUUUUUGGAGGCAUUCUUGCUAAGAAGCUGCAAAAAGGUGGAGGCCCUUUGGCAAGAGAGAGCACAGAGCAGAUUUCUCAUUUCAUCACGGACUAUAUCGUAAACACCAAAGCAGCAUGGAUCAAGGAUAAUGGAGGAUGGGAUGAUGGCUUUGUAGCAAAAUUUGAUGACGAAAGCCACUGGCUGUCCUUGCACAAUGUGAAGACAAAAAUCAUGGCUGUUUUCUUGUACUUCAGCCAAUACCUCUGACAAAUUUGGUCAAUGCAUCCUGUACGAACAAGAUAUGACCACAAGAUCUCUGCAGAUUCCUGGAAAAGCUCUCUCUCUACUCAAAGAACAGAAAGUUUUUCUAUUGACCCAAUGGGAGCAACAACUUUUUUUUACCAUUUAACUCUUAUUUAUAUGUUAUUUAUUUAUUGUCUGCGUAUACAUUUUUAAAAUUGUCAGUUUCUUCUGACAAUUUCUUGUACAUCAAGUCUGGUUUCACAGUUAACCAGUGGUUUUUACCAGUUUUCCCAUGGAGGACAUUAAAUCUUUUCGAAUAACUGAAUGCAAGUCUGUAGUAAUCAUUUUAAACAUAUAUAUGUAAACUGUAGCCCUGUUCAGACAUUAUGCUGUAAGAGUGUACAGGUGUCUGCACACUCAAACACGUGUUUGUGUGAAUGACUGUGCCUGUGUUCAUUUUAAUAGUAAACCUGGAUACAGGUCCAUCAAAUGCAUCGUUCAGAUGGGAAGUGUGGUGCUAUACCUGUGUUACACAUAAUGUGUGAA